AUGCACAGAAGAACAUCGUCUCUCCGGUCAUAUUUGUGCGGCAAAACUGAUGAAUCCGCUCUUUUAUUCCAGACCCAGGGUUCAGUUUGGCUUUCGAAGAAGCAAAUAUCGAGCGGGGGAAGGAGGCCGAAGAAGAAGAUUUACCACAGAGACCACAACCUCGACAAGGUAAUGGACUUGCAGAAGAAACCGUCGCUGAUCCUGCACCUUAAAUCCAUCAUCGAAUCCCACCGGCACCGCCGGGUUCUCCUGCGGGACCUCGAGAAGGAAGUUGGGUUCGUGCAGAAAUGGAACUUCAUGGCCUUGAUCGAGAAGUAUCCUACCAUUUUCUACGUAGGCGGCGGCUCCGAUAGGACUCCGCCUUUCGUUACCCUGACCGAGAAAGCUGCAAAGAUAGCAAGCGAAGAGCCCGAAGCUAGGUCGUUGAUGGAACCCAUUUUAGUUAGAAAUCUGAGGAAGUUAUUGAUGAUGUCGGCUGAUUGCAGGGUGCCAUUAGAAAAGGUGGAGCUCAUUGAAAAUGAAUUAGGUUUGCCUCUGGAUUUCAGGGAAUCGUUAGUUCCAAAAUACCCGCAGUUCUUUUCAAUUAAAGAUGUUAAUGGGAAAGCUUGUCUACAUUUGGAGCAUUGGGAUUCUUCCUUGGCGGUCACUGCCCGGGAGGAGAGAUUGGAACUUGAAGGAGUUCCGUCUUCUAACCCAUCUCGUAAACAGGUUAGAAUAUCUAGAGAUGGCAACUACUCAGGUCCAUUCGCUUUCAACAUGCAAUUCACUGCGGGUUUCAGGCCAAACAAUAGUUUCCUGGAAGAGCUUGAGAGGUGGCAGAGACUGGAUUUCCCUUCACCAUAUUUGAAUCCCAGGACAUUUGAAGCUGCUGAUCCCAAGGCAAGGAAGCGUGUGGUGGCAGUGCUACAUGAGCUUCUCAGCUUGACCAUGGAAAAGAGGAUGACUUCUUCACAGUUGGAUGCUUUUCAUUCCGAGUAUCUAUUGCCAUCAAGGUUGCUGCUUUGUUUGAUCAAGCAUCAUGGUAUCUUUUACAUCACGAAUAAAGGUGCAAGAAGCACCGUGUUCUUAAAGGAAGCUCAUGAUGGCACUAAGUUGAUUGCUCAGUGUCCAUUACUGUUGCACAUUGAUAAGUUUGUAGCACUAAGUGGCCGUCGAGUUCUCGAUUCUUGUAAUCAGAUUGCUUCGUCGCCGAUUUCCAGUCGUAAUUAUAGCUCGUCCUCUCGUCUACAUGAUUGA